UAAACAUAAACAAUUAUGGACAUCCGAUGGAUAAUUUAUGUAUUGCUAUUACACGUAUGCACAGCUUCUCCAGAAUAUUGGUCUCCGAACGUUCCAGAAUGGCCGGAGGUCUACAAGGCAUGCGUACGUUUCGAGUCAACACGUGAGUUUCUGACCACUGGAUGGUAUGUUGAUAGUCACAACGAAUGGAUGAGGCUAGACAGUUAUGGUGUCCCUUCGGAAUCCAAUACGACCUAUCUCCUGGACACAGAUGACGAUUAUGCCUGUGAUAAACUUGGUGAACCAUUGUACAUGUAUCUGUACCACUACAGCCAAGGACUUCAGUUUAAUAUAUUCCCUGCUCCAGACCCUCCAUAUGUCAAGUGUACAGCUAUGAAGAUUCCAAAAAUAUUUCUACCAAAUCCUCUGUUACCAGGAAUACAGUUUGUAAGGCAGGCACGUGAUAACGUUACAACAUUUGAUCAUUGGAAAGCAGAAUACUUCCUCUUUACGUUGGAUUAUUUCUUUCACACUGAGUCAGGUCUGCCGUAUAAGAUGUAUGUCGAAACCGAAUUGUUUGAGUUUUUGUCUAUAGAAAGUGGUCCAUUAGACGAAUCCGUUUUUAUGUUACCUCAAGGCGUCAAAUGUACAUGGGCAGAGACAUAAUUGAUAUUUUUACUAUGCUGAACUACUGAUAUUAAAAAGGGUUAAAGAUUG